AUGGCCGCUGUUCAAAAGCUUAGAAUCGCCAUUGGCGGCGACGAUGCCGGCUUCGACUACAAGGCCAAGCUGGCACAGGACCUGGCCGCCGACCCGCGGGUCUCGGAAGUCAUUGACGUCGGGCCCGCCAGCGCAACCGACAAGACAGCCUACCCGCUCUUUGCCAUUGCCGCCGCCGAGCUCGUGGCCCAGGGCAAGGCGGACCGGGCCCUGCUCAUCUGCGGCACCGGCCUGGGCGUUGCCAUCAGCGCCAACAAGGUCCAGGGCGUGCGCGCCGUGACGGCCCACGACAGCUUCAGCGUUGAGCGUGCCGUGCUCUCCAACGACGCCCAGGUCCUGUGCCUCGGUCAGCGCGUUAUUGGUAUCGAGCUCGCCAGGAGGUUGACCAAGGAGUGGCUUGGCUACACUUUUGAUCCUCAAUCCGCAUCGGCAGCAAAAGUAAAGGCGAUCAACGACUACGAUUCGAGAGCUGCACCCGCGAUCGCAGCAUAA